CCAUCUCUUAUCACGUGACCAUUGUGGACAAGACAGCACAGGUUUACGGCAUGUUCUCAUCUUGAACGCAUCUAUACUGUGCUUUCUGGUGUCAAAUCGCCAUGGAUUUGAGUAAAAUCGCUCAAAAUCUCAUAAAAUGUGUCUCUACUGGAGAGAUGGUUGAGCUGCAGAGUUUAUGGGCCAAGCAAACUGCAGUGGUAGUUUUUCUUCGUCGCUUUGGGUGACAGUUGUGCAGGCUGUGGUCGACUGAGCUUAGUUCGGUCAAAUCACAGCUUGAUGCACACAAUGUACGACUGUGCGGUGUGGGCCUUGAGGAAUUAGGUCUUGAAGAAUUCGUAGAAAAAAAGUUUUUCACUGGAGAGUUGUACAUUGAUGCUAAACAACAAAUCUACAAAGAUUUGGGAUUCAAGAGGUAUAAUGUUAUCAAUGUUUUUGGUGGAUUGGCAGCUAAAGAGACACGACUCUCAAUAUCCAAGGCCAAUUCAUUGGGAAUCAAAGGAAACAUGAAAGGUGAUGGCAUGCAAAAUGGUGGUAUGCUGAUAGUGACAGCAGGUGGAGAGAAAGUUCUUCUAGAUCACAAACAGGCAUCUCCAGGAGACCAUGUUGCCAAUGAAAAAAUCCUUGAAGUCCUAGGAAUCAAAUCUGAUGAGUCAAAGAAGGAUGAAACAGAAUCUGCAUCAGCGGCCGGGGCUGAUUGUGGGUGUGCUGCAAAGGAAGGGGAAUCAUAAAUUAAAUUCCCAUAAAUGGAUUCUCACCACAUUAAAGUUUAGUUCGUUAAAUUUUGAAUGGUGUA